AUGCGCGCGCAGGAGCACCUGCACGCACGCACGCUGCCUCCCCCCCCCCCCCCCCCCCCCUUUUCGUCCCGUCCCGCGCCCUGUCCUGCCGUGCGCACGCAGCUGCAGCACGCACAGCCGCGCGCGCAACAAGCAACGCGGACAGCCGCGAGCAGGAAGCGCGCACAUCAGCAGCAGCCGCGAGCGCGCGCGCCACCGCACGCGCACGAGCAGCAGCCGCCCGCGGACGAAGCCGCAGCUACACGCGCCACUGCAGCCGCGCGCGCAGUCGCACGUGCAACUUCAGCAGCAGCCCCACGCGCAGUUGCCCACGCACUAGGAGCCGCUCAUGCAGCAGCAGCAGCCGCACGCGCAGCUGCCCACGCACCAGGAGCCUCGAGCGCAGCUGCACGUGCCUUCAUUACGCACUGCUACCCGUGCUACUUGACAGGCCACCCCGUUCCCCACCGCACUAGACCUCCUCACCCUCCUGUACCUGACCGCUCCCCACCACGCUAG